CGUUUUCAUUUAUUCACAAACUUGUUAUGCAUUCUUUGCAUUACGUUUGCUAUGAUUCAUUAAAUUGUAACGUAAAUUAUCAAUAAAAAGGCAAAAGGAAGUGCGCGAUUUUGUAAUUCUUCAAAUCAGUUAUUGAAAAGCUGAACAAUGAAACGAGGUGGAAAAAAACCAAAUGGCCUAUUCAACAUUGAUUUUGACACUGGUGUAAACGAAGAUAUCGAUGAAAAUGAUAGUGAUUUGGAAGCAGAGUUAUUAGCUUUAGCAGGUGAUAAUGCUCCAAAAAGACCUCAAAGGAAGAAGCCUCCUCCACAAACAAACCUGGAUUCGAUGAUAGCGGAAAGUAUGAAAGAUAUUCCAUCAGAUGAUGAUAUAUCUGUUGAUGAGAAUGAUCCAGAUUUGCUUAGUGAGCUGAAUGACAUUGUUGGUGGCGAUGAAGUUGAAGGUAGCAGCCCUAUAGAUUCUGAGCCUCCAAGUACUGCGUCUGUCCCAUCAGCCAAUAUGGAACUAUUGGAAAAACGACUUGAAAUGUAUGAAGAAGCUGAAAAGCAUGCAAAAGAAACUGGAGAGACAAGUAAAGCUAGAAGAUAUGCUAGGGGAAAGAGUUCUGUCAAAGAUUUAAUAAAACAGGCCAAAAGUGGAAAACCUAUUAAUAUAGAUGAUAUUCCACCUGAAGUUAAGAUUCCAAAGGAACGUCCAACUGAAAAUAAAGUUACAGCGGAGGAACCAAACCUAAUGGAAAUUGAACAAGAGCAACCCACAUCCCAACCAAUUAGUCCAAAUAAAAUUGAGCCAGAUUCAGGAGAAAUGAAAUCAGAGAGUGCACCAUUAGAUGUUGAUGAAGAUCUUCUUGCUCUUCUGAAACAAAGGCAUAUGCAGUAUAAAAUGGCAGCAUUGAAAGCAAAGAAAUCAAACAAUGUUCAAGGAGCAGUCAAUUAUUUAAAAACUGCUAAACAAUUUGAACAUGUAAUUGAAGCCGUUCAAAAUGGACAAGCUGUUGAUAUCUCUCAAAUGCCUGGACCCCCAGAAAUGGAGAGUCCCAAAAUUGAAGAAGAAAAAAUGCAACAAAGCUCAGAAGUUGAAGAAGAUGCUCCUAAAGAAACUACUCCAGCCCCUCCGGCAUCUCUUGGAGAGGCUCUUCUGCAAUGUGUAGAUUUCUAUAAAAAGCAAGAGGAAAAGGCAAAAGCAGAAGAGAAUGCCAGUAAAGCUCGUAGGAUUGGUAGAAUAAUCAAACAAUUCGAGCAAGCUAUAAAACAGAAUAAAGCUGGGAAACCUGUUGCGGUUGAUGAGUUGCCAGUACCUCCUGGUUUUCCUCCUUUACAAGGACCUAAACCAGUCGCUGCGCCAAAACCUGCUAGUCCUGAAGCUUCUGGAUCUUCAUCUGAAGCCUCUCCAGUGCAAGUGACUAAGCCAGAACCACCUAAACAUACGACUACCCGAAAUACAGGAAAUCAGGUUCCUAAUAGUAGAGCUGAUCAACAAAUGCAAGUUCUUCUUCUAAGACAGAAACAAUUCAAAGAAGCAGCCCUGAAAGCCAAAAAAAAGGGUGAAAUAACACAAGCUAAAGAAUUUUUGCGUACAGCCAAAGGCUUUGAUAAACUGAUAGAAGCUACUUCUUGUGGUCUGCCAGUGGAUUUUUCAACCUUGCCAUUACCUCCCGAUGAAAAAUCACAACUUGACAAAGAAUUUGACAUGGUUAGUGCCGAUGACUGCCUGGAUGAUGACCCAUCGAGCACAGACAUACUCACUCGUUUGGAACAUCAGCUUCAGAAACAGCUGAAAAUGUGUCUUACCACCAGAGACCACAACAAGGCGCUAGGUGAUGUGGCAGGUACCAAUAGGUUUGAGCGAUUGGCACUGAAUGUAACCAAAGAUUUGGACUUGGUAAGGCUGGCUAAAAAGACGCCAGGUGCAGGAAUCCCAAAGUUUCAUUAUGAAAACAAAGACUUCUCUGUGGUGAAAUCCUUCACAGAAUUGACAGACAACGAAUUAGAAAUUUCAAUACUCAGAGGUAUCAAUUAUAAUGCUGAAAAUCCUAAGGAAAUCGACACCUAUGUGAAGUUUUCAUUCCCUUGGCCCCAAGAAACGCCUUUCACUGAGAAAACAGCUACUAUAAAGGAUACAAAUAAUCCAGAGUACAAUGCUACAUUCAUGGUUCCUAUAAAUAGAACGCAAAGAUCUUGUCAGAGGAUGUUCAAAAGGCAUGCUGCUAAGUUUGAAGUUUACUCCAAAGGCUGCUGCAUGGGCGCUAGCGACUUUUGUUGUUGUUUCAGUGGCUGGUUCCGGAGCGAUACCCUCCUCGGAAGUGUGACUGUCAAAUUGCAGAACCUAGAAACCCAGUGUGAACUGCAUGAUAGCUACGAUCUUAUGGAUGGCAGGAAGAAAGCAGGCGGUAAAUUGGAAAUACGGAUGCGCCUUCGUCAUCCAAUCGUUACUCAAGAAGUGGAACGAUUACACGAGAAAUGGCUGGUUAUUGGUAGUUGAGGAUGAAAACCUCAACAACAAAAAACUAGUCAUAUUUAUCUUUACACGCUUCAAAACUAUGCCCACCUGUUCGAAGUGGGCAAUAAUCAAAAUAAUGUAAUAUUUGAAGCUGUUGUAUAGUUUAUUUUAUAUGGAAUUUUAGCUUUAUAGAUAGGUGCAGUUGUUUUAUUCAUUAACUAUUUUCGAUAUUUAUAAAUAAAAUAUUUUUAUGUUGA